GAUGGAUGGAACCGGGCAAUGUUGUGGCAGUUUUUUGGAGGAUUUUUCACGUCUUGCAUCUUAACGAAGAAGAGGAAACUAGCAGAAAUUCAGAAUUUAAACAUGUUGAAGCUUAUUUUCUUUUUUACUGUUGUGCUGAUGUUGCAAGUCAGCCGAGCUUGUGACGACAAUAGUGAGGAAAGACAACUAGCGGCCGCCCGACAGCAAUCCGACGAGUAUUUCGCUAAUGCUUAUGGGUACACUCCCAAUCCUUGGGAUUCUUCUUCUUACUAUCAGCCGAACGCUCCAGAAUAUUUCAGUUCACUCCAGAGUCGAAGCCCCUUCACUAGAACAAAUGUUUACCCAUUCAACAAAUAUUUCGUGACUAAAAAUAGUGAGGAAGAGAACAACGAAGCGGAAGGCCGUCUUGUUGGUGGUCUGGGUGCCAAUUUGAUCAACACGGGUCUAUUCAACAACCGUUUCACUCCGGCCAAUACGUGGAGGCCCUUCGCCAACCUCGCCAACAGGAUCCCUAUAACCGUGAAUCCCAAUUUUGAUAAUCCUCUUGCCACAUUCGACGCUUGUACGGCCCCCAGCGGCGACGCAGGGAUCUGUGCUCCAGGAAAUAUUUGUUCCUUAUUCGGUGGACGGCCAAGUGGUUCCUGCAUCCUCGGAAAAGUCUGUUGCAUCAACGCGAUCACCACUUGUGGAGGUACGGUUACCUUAAACAACACUUAUUGGCAGUCUCCUUCGACGGCCGUUAGCGCUCCUUCCACCUGCGCGUUGACUGUUCGGAUGGAUACCAAAUUGGUGGAACAACUUGCGAAACCCAUUUGCCAAAUUCGACUGGAUUUCGUGUCCUUUACCAUUGGUGGGCCUUCGACGACAGGAACAACAAUCGGAACUUGCACGGAUACUUUUACGGUUGGCGGAUCGACUACUGCGGUUCCAACUAUUUGUGGGGAGAAUGCCGGGCAACACAUGUACAUUGACGUCCCAUCGUCAGGAAUCACUCCCACCGAUGUCCAGUUGAUGUUCAAUUUUGCAGCUGGAACAACAGGCACCCGUGGAUGGAACAUCAAAAUCGCUAUGCUCCCAUGUGGCGCCUCCUAUCUUGCUCCAGCGGAUUGUCUUCAAUAUUUCACCGCUGCUACGGGAAGAGUCAGGUCAUUUAAUUGGCAAGACUCCGCUACUGCCCAGCAACUCAAUAACCAGAACUACAACAUUUGCUUCAGGACCGAACUCGUUACAGGAUCGAGAGCAACACAGAUGUGUGUGUCAGUUUGCACAGUCACAAAUGGGGGCGACGCUUUUUCCAUAACCACAGUACCUGCUUCUGCAGCACCCGACGCGACCACCGCCGGCGUGCCUGCGUCUGCUGCUACUCUUUCUUCUAUUGGCACUACGUUCUUUGAUGCUACAGCACCAGCGCCUGGUGUUAGUUCGGCGACCUGUCUCUACGAUUUCCUUCUCAUCUCCGGCGGAAGUGACGCCAACAAUGCUCAAGCGGACCGUUUCUGUGGAAAUGCGCUUAACCCAGCACCCAUAGGUGUUCUCCCUGUUCCCGUUACUGCUGCUCCACCCCUAACAGUAGCUACAGCCGGUGGUUUGACUGCCAGUACUCAAGUGUGCACUUCAGCUAAGCCAUUUAGGAUGACCUACCAAACCGACGGCCAAGAAACCGCGGUGGUUGCGGUUCCGGCGAGGAAUAUCAUUGGAGCGGCGGCCGAUAAUGCCAACACUGGAUUCUGUCUGGACUACCAAGAGCGAUAAACAACAUAUUCAGUUAUAUUCACCUUUCAACAACGAUGUAGGAUUCGGGCAAACUUCAAAACAUUAUCGUCUUAAUUUUUUGUGGUGGUUGGAUAUUUUAAUGGUUAACCAUAUUCCAUGAGUCUUUUAGCUACUGAUUCUGUAGUCUCAUUUUAUUUGUAUGAAAACAACUGCCUAAUAAGCAGUGCUUAUGAUUGGCUUAAAGAGAAAUAAAACAAAAUUCACUCCUGAAA